CGGGAGACUGAUUGGCUGAUCGCUCAGCCAGCCACAGCACACUACGGAGUACCAAUUUCCCAACAGUCAUUUGCAAAUGUCCAUCCGACGAUUGUUUACAAACAUUAUUGGCAGAACGACAGUGGCAUAUACAGUCGGUUCUUCUUUGGAGAAAUGUCAAAUUUCGAGACAAGCUGCAUGACACAGACGAUGAACGCCAGUUCAUGAAAUGUUGUGUUGAAGUGGCGAACGGAACAGGAGUGUGUGCAGUUGGUCCACCGGCGCACCAUGAACGUCGCGCGAGUCCAGGCACUGCUGCUGAUCGCCGCGUGCAGCACCCGCGCCGCCAACAUCCUGGGGCUGCUGGUGAUCCCCUCGCCCAGCCACCACAUCUGGAACCGCUCGCUCAUGCUCGCCCUGGCGGCCAGGGGCCACAACGUCACCGUGCUCUCCGCGGACGAGGAUAAGUCCCCGGCGGCCAACUACACCCAGUACGUCGUCCACGAGGCCUACGACUACGAGAUGGACGUGCUGGAGAUCGCCCACGACACCCCGUUCGGCUCCGUCGACUCCAUGUUCGAGUGGAGCGAAACAGUCUGCAGGAAGACCAUGUCGAGCCGGGGCGCGAGGGACCUCCUCAGCCGCGCGGCCGACACCUCUUUCGACGUGGUCAUCGCCGACGCGACCUGCGCCGAUUGCCAGCUGGGGUUCGUGCACGCCUUCGGGAACCCCCCGCUGAUAGGGGUCACCGCGUACAGCCACCCGACGUGGCUCAGCUACAUGACGGGCAACCCUCACAACCCGGCAUACAUCCCUGAGCUCACCACGACCUUCGGCGACAGCAUGUCCUUCCCGCAGCGGCUCUACAACACCCUGCUGCACCUCUACACGCUCUACAGGAUCCACUGCUCCUACCUGCCGAGGGUGGACGCGAUGACGAGGCGCUUCUUCGGCGAGGGUUUUCCCGCGGUCGGGGACGUCAGGAACAACGCCAGCCUGGCGAUGGUGAACACCCAGGUCGGGUUCGACCAGCCGCGACCUCUGGUGCCCGCCGUGGUGGACGUGGGGGGCCUGCACAUCGGACCGAGCAAGCCUCUGCCUCAGCAUUUGAAGAAGCUCAUGGACGAGGCCGCGAAUGGCUUCAUCUACUUCUCGCUCGGCUCCAACAUCCGCAGCGACGCGCUGCCGGCCGAGAGACGCCAGGUGUUCCUGGACGCCUUCUCCCGGCUGCCGUACAGGGUGUUCUGGAAGUGGGAGUCGGACUCUCUCCCCGGCCAACCCGACAACGUCGUCGUGGCCAAGUGGAUGCCGCAGAGGGACAUCCUGGCCCACCCGAACAUCUUGCUUUUCGUCAGUCACAACGGCCUACUCAGCACCCAGGAGGCGAUCUUCUGCGGCGUCCCCAUAGUGAGUGUUCCGUUCUUCGCGGACCAGAAGAUCAACGCCAACAAGGCGCGGGCUAAGGGCUUCGCAGAGCGCGUUGAGUACAAGACGGUCACAGCCGACCAGCUGCUGACCACCAUACAGAAGGUCAUAAACGAUCCCAGGUACAAGGAGAACGCCCAGAGGCUGUCCAGGCUGAUGAAGGACCGGCCGGACAGCCCGCUGGAGCGGGCAGUGUUCUGGACGGAGUACGUCAUCAGGCACCGGGGGGCGCCCCACCUGCGCUCCGCCGCCGCCGACCUGCCCUGGCACCAGUACCUGCUGCUGGACGUGGCGUGCUUCCUGGUCGCCGGGGUCCUGGCGGCGCUGCUGGCCUUGUACUGGUCCUGCCGCGCCGUCGUGGCCUGGGUGUCUCCAGGCAGCCGGCCGGGGAACAAGCUCAAGAACCAGUGACGACCCAGAGGAGUCACUGGAGCCUCUGCAGGACGUGGCGCGUGUCCUGAAAUGCAGUAGCCUCGUCUUGACGCGGACCCGCUGUCUCCCUAGUUGAUUGACACUGAUUUGGCCCGAAGCGUGUUUUACCGUGCGGUAGUGCACGAGGAUUCCCAGGGGUGGGUUUUUGCCACGUGGCCAGAGACAGCGGAUCCUUUCCACAGGAGACUUCAAGCAGUAGGGAAAUAGUGUUCUUCUAUUCGAAGCUGUCAAGUUGGUGAACUCACGCGUGUGCAUCGUGUACCCGUAUAUGUUCGUGUUUGUGAAUAUGUGAAGACGCACCUAAAAUAUUGGUUUGUCAAAUGAAACUUUGUCAUGGGAUAUAUGUGUUGAAUUUAACAUGAAAUAAUCACAAUUGUAAAAAAUCGCAAUUAAAUUAGUUUUAUUACAUUUAGUACAUGACGUAUCAAAUGGACAGUUUGUUGUUCUCUGUUGCACAAAGAAAAGUGCUACGUGUCUGUAAACAAAGAAUGUUUGUAAUAAAUGGUUAAAAUCUCGUCAUUGUA